ACUGCCGGGGAGUCCGCUAGAAAGAAGAAGCAAGAAGUAUUGACAAGGAACUUUCAUGCUAUAAACAAGAAAGGGACUUUUCGGCUUGGAAUAAGGCCAUGCCUUUUGGAGUACAUGAAGUUUAAGGCUUAAUUCCUCUAUGCUGUGAUCUACCAGCAGUCGGUGGAAAUCUCACUAUCUCAUCUGGGAGUGAAGGUACCACAGCAAUUUCUCACACCUUUGCUCCUCUCACAUCUUGGAAUGGAUUUUUGUUCUGCUUGCAGUUGGAGUCGCCAUUCCUAUCUAAAAUGCAAAGGUUUUUCUGGAGAACUUCAAGGAAUAUAUGUUGUAUAAAUUAUCAAGCGGGAUCUCUACAAACACAGCGAGGUUAUUGUGCCAAUUCAUCUGCUACCUGGAUGCUUAUCUGAUCUGUAGUUACCACUGGAUAUACCCUAUUUAUUUCUGCAUUUCUGGAAUGGGAUUCUUGAGUCUCACACAAUCCAAGGUGUUUGAAAACCACGUAUGUUUGGAACUUGUGGAUUGCCAGAAGGAAAUCAUUCUUCUUCUUGACCACACGUGGCCUUACUCUUGCUGACAACAGCUUGAGUCUACCAUGGUGUCCUAACUGGAAAAUGACCACUUGGGGUUGUUGUUUUUUAGUUACACAGUAAAUGCAUUAUAUAUUUGAAGCAUAUAGGACUUGAAGAAUGAGGAUGUAAAACUGGAUUGGGAGAAAGCUUUGUGGAGACCAUAGAAAGACCCCCAAAGAGACUUUGCCAUGACUGGCUGCCACUACCCUGCACCAGCUUCUGAGCGGGACCGGAUCUACCAACAUAAAGUCUCUCUGGUGGUCCGCUACUUUAUGAUCCCAUGUAACAUUUGUCUCAUCCUACUUGCUACUUCGACGCUCGGAUUUGCAGUUCUUCUCUUCCUCAAUAACUAUAAACCAGGCAGCCAUUUUCAGAACCCUCAACCCACAUUACAGGAUGCUGCAGUGGAAGGUCCAGUGUGCCGUGGAAUGCUGUGUGGAUUUGGUGCGGUGUGUGAGAAGAGCAGUACCGACCCAUCUCAGGCAACCUGCGUCUGCAAAAAGACUUUCUGCCCAUCAUUGGUAGCCCCCGUCUGUGGGUCUGACUAUUCCACCUACAGCAAUGAGUGUGAACUGGAAAGAGCCCAAUGCAACCAGCAGAGGAGAAUCAAAGUUAUCAGCAAAGGACCUUGUGGUUCCAGGGACCCUUGUUCAUCUGUGUCCUGCAGCUAUGGAAGCACCUGUGUACGCUCAGCAGAUGGGCAGACUGCAAAGUGUGUCUGCCCAACCACCUGCGCUGGUAUACCGGAGAACGUGGUCUGUGGCAGUGAUGGAAAAGAUUACCGUAAUGAGUGUGCCCUGAACAAACAGGCCUGUGACAACCAGGAGAACCUCUACAAGAAGUUUGAGGGGCCAUGUGAUCCUUGUAAAAAUGCCCUAAAUGACAUGAAUCGGGUGUGCAGGGUAAACCCCCGCACACACAAAGUGGAAAUGCUCUCGCGGCCAGAGAACUGUCCAGCCCGACGAGAACCUGUGUGCGCCGAUGACGGAGUGACCUAUGACAAUGACUGCAUCAUGACCAGGAAUGGAAGCAUUCGAGGAAUAGAACUGAUGAAAGUGCGCUCAGGCCAGUGCCAGCCUCAGGAUAAGUGCAAGGAUGAAUGUAAGCACAAUGCUGUGUGCCUUAACCGUCGAGGAGUCACCCGCUGCUCUUGUGACCGCAUUACUUGUGACGGCGCCUACAAGCCUGUCUGCGGGCGGGACAGCCGCACUUAUGCCAAUGACUGCGAGAGGCAAAAAGCUGAGUGCGUCCAGAAAACAGCCAUUCCAAUGAAACACAAAGGUCCAUGUGAUCUUCAUGCUCCCAGUCCUUGCCUGAACGUAGAAUGCAGUUUUGGAGCAGCCUGUGUUGUGAAAAACCUGAAGCCAGUCUGCGAGUGCCAGCAAGUGUGCCAGAGCGUGUAUGACCCUGUCUGUGGCAGCGACUCGCGCACUUAUGGCAAUCCAUGUGAAUUAGAGUCUACGGCUUGUGCCCUCAAGAAGGAGAUCACUAUUAAACACAAGGGGCCCUGUGAUCGCUGCAAAAAAUGUCAGUUCGGAGCCAUGUGUGAGGCUGACACUGGACGCUGCGUGUGCACCACGGAAUGUGUACCCUCUGCUCAACCAGUGUGUGGCACCGAUGGCAACACGUAUGGCAGUGAAUGCGAGCUCCAUGUACGAGCCUGCACGCAGCAAAUCAACCUGCAGGUGGCAGCACAGGGAGACUGCAAGACUUGUGGAAACACCAUCUGUAGCUUUGGUGCAAAGUGUAUAAACAGCCAGUGUGUGUGCCAGCCUUGUGAGCGCCAGCCUUACCUCCCGGUGUGUGGCAGCGAUGGAGUCACUUACGACAACCAGUGUGAACUACAAGCUUCAUCCUGCAAGCAGAAGAAGAAAAUAGAUGUUUCUCGGGCCGGGUCCUGUGAAGAUGAAUGUGGAUCUGGAGUUGCUGGGUCAGGAUCUGGAGAGGACAGCGAAUGUGAACAAGAUCGUUGCAGACGAUAUGGCGGCUCAUGGGAUGAGGAUGCCGAGGACGAUCGCUGUAUCUGUGAUUUUACCUGCCAUGCUGUGCUGAGAAAUCUGGUUUGUGGCUCAGACGGUAUAACUUAUUCUAAUGAUUGUGAAUUAAAGAAAACUCGCUGUGAAAGGCGCCAAGACUUAUACGUAGCUGGGCAAGGUCCCUGCCGAGCUGCCUCCACCAGCGCUCCUCCUGUGGUCCCACACUGCAGUCACACCGUGUAUGGCUGCUGUCCCGACAAUGUCACCGCUGCCCUUGGAGUCGGCCUGGCUGGAUGCCCAAGCAGCUGCCAGUGUAACGUGCACGGCUCCUAUGGGGGCACUUGUGAUCCUACCACCGGCCAGUGCUCCUGUAAACCUGGCGUAGGUGGACUGAAGUGUGACCGCUGCGAGCCUGGCUUCUGGAAUUUCCGAGGGAUUGUCACCGAUAAGAAAAGCGGCUGCACACCAUGUCAUUGCGAUCCAGUUGGAGCUGUACGCGAUGACUGUGAGCAGAUGACAGGUCUUUGCUCAUGUAAGACAGGAAUCUCCGGCUUGAAGUGCAGUCUGUGCCCAGAUGGAGGCAAACCUGGCCUCAACGGCUGCAAGAAAGAUCCAUCAGCUCCUAAAUCUUGCAGAGAUAUUCAAUGCCAAUUUGGGGCAACCUGUGUAGUGGUUGAAGGUACUGCUCAUUGUGAGUGUCCUUCACCCCUGUGCCCAGAAUCUAAUCUAACUAAGGUCUGCGGCUCUGAUGGAGUGACCUAUGGAGACUGGUGUCAGCUGAAAACAAUUGCGUGCAGACAAGGUCGGACUAUUACAGUAAAGCACACAGGACCCUGCCAAGAAACCAUCACUGUUGCUAAUCUUCAAACAUUGGCCCCUACGGUGACCCCAACACCACCUAUUGGCCGAUCACUUCCUACACCAACAACAAGAGGUGGACGUCCCGGCCAAAAAAAGGACUCACAUGCCUUAGUUUUAGAGACUGAAAGCCCUCGCCAACGUUACACCAGCACUCACAGGCCAGUGACACAGACACAUGUUGUCCGCACCUCAACUGUACGACCCGCAGUAACUGUACCCACUAGACGCCCCACUACAACUCAAGCAUACGACGAAUCUGGAAGUGGCAGUGGGUUCGAAGACUUGGAAUCAAGUGGAGAUCAGGAAAUAAGCGGAAAUGAACCUUCAAAGGAUGGAUUUGAUGGAGGAGAUGAGCAGCAAGAAGAAAGUGAAGAGAGAAAAGACUUUGAUACUACCCCCGUCAUGGAAAGGGCCAGCUGCUACAAUACACCUCUAGGAUGUUGUUCAGAUGGGAAGACACCAGCUAUUGAUACAGAUGGCACAAACUGUCCAAAAACAAAAACUUUUGAAGGCGUUCUCAUCGUUGAGGAGCUGGAGGGUCAAGAGGUCUUCUACACCCCAGAGAUGUCAGAUUACAAGUCAGAGCUAUUUGGCGAGACAGCCAGGAGCAUUGAAAAUGCAUUGGAUAAUCUUCUCAGAAAUUCAGAGGUGAAGAGGGACUUCAGAAGUAUACGUGUGCGGGACCUGGGACCAAGCAACUCUAUCAGGGCCAUAGUGGAGGUGCAUUUCGAUCCAGCAUCAAGCCUAACUGCCUUUGAUGUGCAGAAAGCAUUAUUGGCAAGACUCAAGAGCACUAAGAAGAAGGCAAUCACUGUAAAGAAGCCAGUUCAGGACAACGUGAAGUUCUUGGACUUUGGUGAGAUCCCUGACUGGGUUCCCGCUAUGGUUACAACUACUACAACAACAGCAGCAACUACCAGCACUAUGGCCACUACCAGCAUUGUAACAACCAAUAUGCCAGUUCUAGCUACCACAAACACGGCCACUUCCACACCUAGAAGAACUACAACUGUGAAGACCACUCCAGUGCCGCUUCUCCAACACCCAGCCACUACAGUGAGAAUGACUACAAGAAGACCAGCUACUACCACCAAGAGGCCAAUGACCACUGCCCCUGCUCAACCAAGACGAAAACCAUCCCGUGGCCCUGCCCCUGCCAAAAAAACAGCACGUCCAUGCGAUUCACAUCCAUGCAUGCAUGGUGGUACCUGCGAAGAUGAUGGAAAAGAGUUUACAUGUAGCUGCCCAGCAGGAAAGGGUGGAGCUGUCUGUGAAAAAAAUAUUCAUUAUUUCAUCCCUGGAUUUGGAGGCAAGUCUUACCUGGCCUUUAAGAUGAUGAAGGCCUACCACACUGUACGCAUAGCCAUGGAGUUCCGCUCCUCUGAGCAGAACGGUCUUCUCCUGUACAAUGGUCAAAUCCGAGGAAAGGAUUUCAUCUCUUUGGCUGUCGUGAAUGGAUUUGUGGAGCUCAGGUUUAAUACUGGUUCUGGAACCGGAAUUAUCACCAGUAAAGUGCCGGUGGAACCUGGAAAAUGGCACCAGCUUGUGGUAAAUCGUAACCGCCGUAGUGGUAUGCUGUCAGUGGAUGGAGAAGCACAUGUGAAUGGAGAGAGUCCAUCGGGUACAGAUGGCCUGAACCUAGACACAGACCUGUUCAUAGGAGGAGCUCCCGAAGACCAGAUAAAUGUGGUGACGGAACGGACUUCUGUUUCGACUGGUCUCAAAGGUUGCAUCCGAAUUUUAGAUGUGAAUAAUCAAGUGUACACCUUACAGGAAGAUGGAGCAGAUGUCUUGUAUGGAAGUGGUGUGGGUGAAUGUGGAAACAACCCAUGUCAACCCAACCCUUGUCACAAUGGGGCUGUGUGCCAAGUAAAAGAAGCAGGGAUGUUCCAUUGUCAGUGCCUACAUGGCUAUACAGGACCCACAUGUGCAGAUGAACGAAACCCAUGUGACCCAAACCCCUGUCAUGUGUCAGCAAUUUGUCUGGUGCUGCCAGAAGGUGGCGCCAAGUGUGAAUGUCCAAUGGGCAGAGAGGGAGAAUUCUGUGAAAAGGUCAGCGACCAGGAUCUAAAUUUGCCUUUCCUACCUCAUUUUAAUGGCUUCUCCUAUUUGGAAUUGAAGGGACUCCAGACGUUUGCCACUGAUAUAACUGACAAAAUUGCCAUGGAAGUCGUCUUCCUUGCCAGCAACCCCAAUGGACUCCUCUUUUACAAUGGGCAGAAAACAGAUGGCAAAGGCGACUUUGUAUCUCUGGCCUUACAUGAUGGACAUCUGGAAUACCGAUAUGAUCUUGGAAAAGGAGCGGCUGUCAUUAAGAGCAAAGAAAAAGUUCCCCUCAACACCUGGAUUAGCGUUACCCUGGAGCGCAGCGGCAGGAAGGGCUUGAUGCGUAUCAAUAACAAGGAGCAGGUCACAGGGGAGUCACCGAAAUCCCGUAAGGCACCGCACACUGCUCUCAACCUGAAAGAGUCCCUGUAUGUGGGAGGAUCACCAGACUUUAGCAGAUUGGCUCGGGCUGCAGCCAUAUCUACCAGCUUUGAAGGGGCCAUCCAGAAGAUUUCCAUUAAGGGUCUUCCUGUACUGAGGGAGGAGAAUAUUCGCAAUGCCAUUGAAAUCUCUCCAUACCGUGAUCACCCCUGCACCCAGAAACCAAACCCUUGCCAGAAUGGAGGACUUUGCUCACCCCAGAAAGAGAGCUUUGAGUGCAUCUGCCAAAGAGGAUUCUCGGGGGGCCAUUGUGAGAAAGUUACCAUUGAAAAGGCAGCAGGAGACUCUGAAGCUGUGUCCUUUGACGGAAAGACUUACCUAGAAUAUCACAAUGCAGUCACCAAAAGCCACCUGACUAAUGAGAUACCUGAUCUUGGCCCCGUGGACAAUCCAGAUGACCCCAGUGAGAAAGCCCUCCUAACCAACCAGUUUGAGUUAAGUAUCAAGACUGAAGCUACUCAGGGUCUCAUUCUGUGGAGUGGAAAGGGAACCGAACGCUCAGACUACAUUGCUCUUGCUGUGGUAGGAGGUUACGUUCAGAUGACCUAUGAUCUUGGAUCCAAACCUGUUGUCCUUCGUUCUACAAUACCAGUCAACACCAACCAAUGGAUUCGCAUAAAGGCACUGAGAAAUAACAGGGAUGGCAUCCUACAAGUUGGCAAUGAGGCUCCAGUCUUUGCCUCAUCUCCACUCGGGGCAAAACAACUGGAUACUGAUGGUGCCCUCUGGCUGGGUGGAAUAGAGAAACUAAGCGUCUCCUACAAGUUGCCGAAAGCAUACAGCACCGGCUUCAUCGGUUGCAUGAAGGACGUUCUUAUUGACCAGCAAGAGCUGCACCUGGUGGAGGAUGCACUGAAUAAUCCCCCAAUAUUAUACUGCUCAGCCAAAUAAUCCGAGACCAACUUAUCUUCCUCCUUUCUGGCCGGCCCCCUUUCCCUCCUCUCCCCGCCAUCCACUGCUGUAAUUAUUUUCUAUUUUUGUAAACUUAUUGCUUUUUAUAUUUUGUGUGUGGGGGGAGGAAGGAGAAGGCAAUGUCUGUAUAUGUGUGGACGUGUGUGACUUCAGAUAAUGCAACCAGACCAAAAUCCCCAUGGGGUGGGCACAAUUUUGUCUAACAGAGUACGCAGGUAAUAUGUGAGGACUGUGCACCUCACAAGGGCCUUAUUUAAGUCAAAUCAGGGAUUACUGGGGGAGAUGAAGCAGAAUUUUGUAUUGAAGUGCUAAUUCAUGAGGGGGGGGGGUUGGUUGCAUUUGUCUUUCCAUUGACCCACCCUGAUGGUUGCAGUGUUGUUGCCUUGGUGUGUAUGAGUGCAUGCGUCUUGACCCCUUCUUGCCAUGUGUGGUGCUUAGGCCGUACACUCUCAUUGUGGGAGAUACCUGUGUUAUGAAUUUUGAUGGAUGACCCUGCUGCUGACUGCCUUGCAUGCCUGAGACAUGAUCUUAAGGAAAAAUGAGGAAGUUAGGGGUCUCUGGUGUAAAAAUGUGGCCUUCUUGUACAUGAUCUUCUGUUUUGCAAGGUCUGAAUGAUUCCUAAACCCCCUACCCGUCAACUCCCCAUAUCGCAUCCAUAAAACGUUCCACCUAGGGAUCUCCAUUAUAGAACUUUCCAGUCUUACAUUCCUUGGUUUUUAUUUUGUGGUUCUGACUGUGAGGUGAUAUUCAAGUUAUUUUUGUCACUGCAGAACGAGAGGGGAGGAAGGUGGAGAAAACUAUUUUAUGUCCUCCAAUUCCAUUUGUACAUUCGACCUGGAAGGUGGUUGUUGGUUUAUUUGGUCCAGUGAAGUCGUUGAGUAAUUUCCUUGGCUUAUCCAGUGUUAUAAUGCUAAGGAAAGGCAUAAUCCCUUCUAGGACAGGGUGUUUAUAAAAAUGCUGGAUGAGUUUUUUUUGGAGAUUUUUUUUCAUAACUUUUAUUCAUUUUUUUAGUUGUUUAUGAAUUUUUACUUACCAUGCUUUUGUUCUGGCAACAUUUGUUUAACCCUUACUCUUAACCAAUUACAUCAAGCAGUUUGGGAGGGUUGUAAAUAGGUCUAAUUUAGGGCAAUAAUUAACAACAAAACCCAAUUAGAUCCCAUUUAAUCAGGGAUAUAAUUUGUUUUGAUAAGCCGGGACUGGUGGCCUAGUGGCACAUUUUUUGGUCUUUCAUCUGGAAGGUGUAGAGUUUGACACCUUGAAUACGUAUCGGAUGUUAAUUGCACAUUUCACAUCAUAUGAACUGUACAUAAAGUAACAUAUCUACAUUAGGUUUCCUCAUGGCAUAUGCAUUAUGUGGGAUGUCAAAAAGUAGAUUUUUACGAAAAGCAACUGGACCAAUGAUUUCACUUUAACUUCCAAACAUAGUUGACCAAGAAUACUAGCUGAGCUUCACUGUCAUCCAUUGACUAAGAAGUCCCAUUCUUGUCUAUCAGGUAAUAGAUACAGUCCCUUUCCUUGUUGCUGCUCUCCUCCCUAGUGAUGGGAAUGCCUUUGUUUCCUUCCUAAAUGAUAGCAAUAAUGAUCUAUAAAGAAAUAAUUGUCUUAGAGAGUCUUUGAUAAUGGCUCAUAAGCCACUUAUGAUACCAUAAAUAUGUUAUAGAAGAAAGGCUUCCAAAAUAUGGAAGUGAGCCAUUAGGUUUUGUUUUAUUUUAACAUUGUACGUCUCAUGAAUCAUGUGACCCAUAAAAAAAAGGGUUAAACAAAUGUAAAACUUACUUUUAGCUUCCAGGAGGAUUAUCCAUGUGGUGUUCUCCUACGUAGAAUAUCAUGUCUGGACAGUUAUUGGGGUGUACUAAUGUAUAAAACCUAUGUAGGUGUAACACAAGCUCAUCUCACAUCAUGUAGACUCGUGUGCAGUCCCGCUCACUGCUGCCGGUCUCCGUGUAUGUGAAAUGGGAAGAUGACACUGUAUUCAAUACCAUGGAUGUACUUCUAUAGAUACAACCUUUUUAACUCUUUUUUGGUUGAGAAACUUAUGAGGGUUAGGUUGAUGAGAUCUUAAUCUUGUGAGUGUCUGAUGUGUGCGCCUGAUCCUUCUCCCUGGCUUGUCUGUAAUUCUACCAUGUUCUAGUCUCAGAUAUAUACAUACCGGUAUUUAUAUGCAGUAAAUUCCUCUUGUAUGCACAACACGUAAACUUUAUUUUUUGAAGAACAGAAGUCAUGUGCCAUUUUCGCGGCAUCAAUACGUCUUGAUGUUUCUGCUCUUUGGAUAUAUUUUUACAACUGUGAGACACUAUUUGUGGAAUAUGGAAGGGCUGCAAUGGUCUAUCACAGUUUGAUCUCUUAAGGAGAAGAAUAUUCCUGAUAUAAACCAUGAUCCAGAUUAGUCCUAGAUUGCAGCAGAUGGUUAUCUCCACCAAGCAUGGUAGUAGACAGUGGCUUUACAGAGUACUUUUCCUUCUCAAAUUGCAUACAGUUUUUUUUCCUCCCAUUGGUGCUAUUCAUGUACAUAAAACAGAGACCAAAAGUAUUCACAAAAGAUUUUCAACAUGGAGGUAUGGAGGGCAUUAUAGUAAGGACCAUAUGCCAACCUCUGCUGACUGCACAUGUGCAUACAAGUGGAAUUGAUUGUGUAUGGAGCUUGUUUCUUGUGUCCAGAUGAGGACAGUUCACUUUACCUUAGGGAGAGAGGGGCGGGAGGGGUAAGCUAUGUAUUACCAAGGGCUUGUUGUACUCGAUCUAACAUGUGCCAGAGAUCAAAUGUAGGGCACAACACAACUGUGUGUCUGUUUAGUAAUCACAGAAUACGCCCUUUGAUGAUACUAGUUAGACAUAGUUUUAGUCUUUCAGAUGGUCAUGCGGUAGUCGCUCCAGAGUUUUUUGAGACCAAGCUCUCAGAUGUUAACAUAUUCAACCAUUUUUAUGCCGUACUUUACACGUCUUGUUUGCAGUGACCUUGUUCUAUAGGUUACAGGGCAGUUUUUUGUUGCACUUCAUUACAAUAAAGAACUAUCUGUGGUCUUAAAAAUAUCUCAGUCAAAAUACAAUUUUAUAAAGAUUGGUGGAGAACAUUGUAAAAACGGGAUUGUGCCACCACAAGUUCUUUGCCGACUGCAAUGGAAAAUGGACUCCUGAAUGCCAUGGAAGAAUGGUGGCCAACCUAAAAGACAGCCAGUGGUCAAUGGAGGGACAUAUGACUAAGAGAAGAGCCAAGAGCUUUACGUUGACCACUAGAGCUGCAGAAGAUAUGAUGAAACAAGCCCAUCCUCUGUUCUAUACAGCCAUACACACGACCAUUCACCAUCUUACCAGGCAUAAUUGACUUUGUGUGCACUUACAUUUCAGUUAGUUUUACUUUUCCUAGUUUACUAGCAUUUAUAUCCAUACUGUACAAAUUGAUUUUUUUUUUUUAAUUUAUGUCUGUCAAUACAUCACAAUUCUAGGGUAGUAAAUCCGCUGUGAUCUGCUGUAGGAGUCUUGGAGGACUGUGCACAGUAUACAGUACAGCAUGUUAUAACCAUUACUAACUUUAUUACUUGUCUUUUGUCCAAUCACCAUAAAAUAAAAUCUGAAAACUA